AUGCGAAUUCGUGGACGACUUGAAAAGUCUGAACUAGAUGAGCAAGUAAAACAUCCGAUAGUUCUACCACAUUCAUGCCAUUUGACUCUUCUUAUAGUUGCAGACGCGCAUGAGAAGACAUUGCAUGGUGGUCCUCAGUUAAUGGCAAACUAUUUAAGGUCAGCCUAUUGGGUAAUAGGUGCUAGAUCUCUAGUUCAACAAUAUGUUCGCAAGUGUGUAACUUGUGUGAAACAGAGAGCUAGUGUUAGAAACCAACUGAUGGGUGCGCUCCCAUCGGUUCGAUGUACACCAGCAAGACCAUUUUUAUAUAGUGGAGUGGAUUAUGCUGGACCCAUAAGUAUAAGAACCACUAAAGGACGUGGGCAUCGUUCUUAUAAGGGCUACAUAUGCCUUUUCGUUUGCAUGUCCACUCGUGCUAUUCACCUAGAGGUCGUCAGUGACAUGAGCACACAGGCAUUUUUAGCCGCUUUUCGACGUUUUGUGUCGCGACGAGGUCACUGUGCUAAAUUGUGGAGCGACAACGGCUCCAACUUUGUAGGCGCCUCCAGAGAACUGCAACAGUUGGCAUCUAUUCAGCCAGCCAUAGCAGAAUAUCUGGAAGCAAACAACACCGAGUGGCAUUUUAUUCCGCCUCAGGCUCCCAAUUUCGGUGGUCUUUGGGAAGCGGGUGUAAAAUCCACCAAAUUUCACCUUAAAAGGGUUAUUGGCGACUCUACCCUAACGUACGAGGAAAUGACUACAUUCCUCAAUCAAGUGGAAGCCUGUCUGAAUUCGCGGCCGAUAAGCGUUAUUAACUUUACUGAUCCUGGUGAGCCCCUCCCUUUAACUCCUGGACAUUUUUUAAUAGGAGAACCGAUAAUUAAUGUACCAGAUAAAAAUUACAAAAGUUCAAACGUAAGCUAUUUAACUAGGUGGCAAUUUGUGCAAAGGAUGCUGCAGUCUUUUUGGAAACGAUGGUCACAGGAAUAUCUGUCAAAGCUCAUGAAUAGGUACAAAUGGGCGUCACAAGUUCCGGAACCUAAUGUUGGUGACGUUGUUUUAAUUAAAGAAGAUGAUUUGCCUCCAAGUCGUUGGUUAUUGGGUAGAGUUAUAGAGAAACACCCCGGUGAUGAUAACGUUACCCGUGUAGUCACAUUGCGUACGAAAACAUCCGUAAUUAAGAGGCCAACAUCAAAAUUAUGUAUUCUGCCUAUCUCGGAUCCAUGA